UGUUAUGGCUGCUUCUGUGUAAUUUGUUGUUUUGUCGUGACUCUCUUCUUUUAAAUGUUUCCUAACAAUAUUCCAGCAAAUUAACACUCCAGCCGCUGUGUACACAUUCACCACUAAUCACUGAUCACUCGUCACGUGUGCUUUUGGCCAGGAAUCCGCCAUGAACGGGCUGAGCUUCAGCGAAUUGUGCUGCCUCUUCUGCUGUCCACCCUUUCCGGGCCGGAUAGCCGCCAAGUUGGCCUUCCUGCCGCCGGAGCCCACGUACAAGUUUGUGCCGUGCGACGAGUCCAACACAAAGUACAGGAUCCAGUACCUGGACAGGGCGGAGUGGCAGUUCGGGGAGCGCGACAAGGAGAGCGUGGAGAGCUUCUUCACGCGCACGAGUCGAGGGAAUCUCAUCCCGUGCAUCUUCAUCAAGUGCUGCACGAACGCCAAGUACACGCUGCUGUUCUCGCACGGCAACGCCGUGGAUCUGGGCCAGAUGAGCAGCUUCUACAUGGGCCUGGGCACGCGCAUCAACUGCAACAUCUUCAGCUACGACUACUCGGGCUACGGCAUCAGCGCCGGCAGGCCCAGCGAGAAGAACCUCUACGCGGACAUCGAGGCUGCCUGGCACGCCCUCCGCAACCGCUACGGCAUCAGUCCGGAGAAUGUGAUCCUGUACGGCCAGAGCAUCGGCACCGUGCCCACGAUCGACAUCGCCACCAAGUACGAGGUCGGCGCCGUGAUCCUGCACUCGCCGCUCAUGUCGGGCAUGCGAGUGGCGUUCCCCAACACGAAGCGCACGUGGUUCUUCGAUGUGUUCCCGAGCAUUGACAAGGUGUCGAAGGUGCAGUCGCCGGUGCUGGUGAUCCACGGCACGGAGGACGAGGUGAUCGACUUCAGCCACGGCCUGGGCAUCUACGAGAAGUGCGCCAAGGCGGUGGAGCCGCUGUGGGUGGAGGGCGCCGGCCACAACGACGUGGAGCUGUACAAUCAGUACCUCGACCGACUGAAGAAGUUCGUGUCGGUGGAGCUCGCUAACUGACAAUCACUCCUCGCUCCUGGUCACGGCGCCAGGAGCCCAAAGAAAGCCGCCAAAGCCACCGACAAUGCAGCUGAUGACGUCAACAAUUCGAGUGUAAGUUCCGUGACAACGAGUUCGGUAAAUGAGAAGCUUCUCUAGCAUCCGGGGCCGGGCUCCAGUGGCGCCCCGUGUCACGCCAAGGUCGCCCG